AUGUCCUUCUGCGCCCUCGUCGCCGCCGUCUUCUUCGGCACGGGCGCAGGCGUCGUCCAGCGCAGCACACCCUACAAAGGCACCUCCUGCUCCUCCAGACCGGUAUCUGCUUACCCACCGCAGUGGCAGCCUUAUGCAGGGGAGUGUGCGAGGGUUGUGGCGUUGCAGGGUAUUGCUUGGGCUUUAUGGGCACUCUAUCUAUUCCUCCUCAUCGCGACUAUCAUCCAUAAAUUCGAGAUCAGGACGAGGCCGACGCCGGAGGGGUGGUACUUUAAGAAAGCUAAAGCUUCGUAG